AUGGCGUCCCCCCUGCUUUAUUUGGCGACGACCGUGAUCUUGUCAUGCGCUGUCGCCGCGUUCUCUCGCGGCGCCGGUCCCGCUUCCUGCCAGACGAUGAGUCCGGGUCACAUCCGGGCCCAACCUCAGGACCCGAAGCAGAGCCACGUCACCAUUCGCACGUCGCUGCGCUCGUAUCUGCCUGGACAGCUGGUUACAGUGACUGUUCGAAGCUCUCGGGACUUCAUGGGCUUCCUGCUGCAGGCCCGCAGUGGUGUCGAUCCCGAAGCGGGGGCGGCCGCAGGGUCUCCCGCGGAGGGUCCGGUUCUGGUGGGCGGCUCCUGGACCCUGGCUCCGCCCGGGACCCACACGCUGCGCUGCCUGUCAGAGGGCGACACGCUCACCCACUCGGACAAACAGCUGAAGCGGAACCUGUCGUUUGUGUGGCGGGCUCCCGAUGCACCCGUGGGAGACGUUCGCUUUUAUAUCACAGUGGUCCAGUCCUACUUUGUUUAUUGGGCGGGGAUUAAGUCUGCAGUGGUGCGUGACGGGAGUCGAAGUCUUUGGACUGGGAGAAACACAACAGGAGCAGAGCGAGAAAGAGCAGUUUUUGGUCUCCGUGAUGAGAACUUGACCGCAGUGCCAGCAAGCCGCAAAGCUCCUCUUGACGUCUCUGAAGACACAACCACACAGCCAUCUUUUACACGUUCCUCCAGCCAAGAAAAAAAGUCUCCUGGAUUUUCUGCUCUCCCAAAUCCUCCUCCCAAAUCGAUCUCGAUCAUUCUGUCCUCCCCUUUCCAAAUGGUGUCCUCCUCAACAUCUUCAACAUUUCUCAUGAGCGGUGUCAUCAAUUCUCCACCAUCAGCUAGGCUCUCUUCUUCCAACCCAGGAACAGGGAGUUCCCUCUCUUCUUCUACCACCACCAGGUCUCCAGCUGUCCCCUCCUCCUCCUCAUCAUCAUCCUUCUCCACCAAAGCAUGCGUUCCUUCAACUUCUCACCCUUCUCCCUCCAUUCCCACCUCAGUGGGACCCUCGUCUUUGAUUUUGCCUACCCGUUCUUCCUCCCAGGCAACCUCCCCGCAUCCAGGACCUUCUCCGGCUCCACGUCAAUCUGACGACAACCGCCCCUCAAUACCUCCCCCGCCUUUUCCAUCCCCAAGACAGAUCCGCGUUGCGUCGUCUGAUCCCAAACAAAAGCGUAAGCCAUCAACCUCCAGCCGCAAACUCCAAUCCAACAUCGGGGGUGUAUUAAAACCAAAGUCAGCAAAGCCAGAUACCAAGCUUCCCUUCAAUCCCUCAAAAAGUCCAGGCAUGGAGGGCAAGUACCCCGAAACUGUGCCUAGGCAUAGCUCUUGGGAGCUGGGAAUGCUGCUGGGCUGUUCGGCCGGCCUGGGGAUGGCGCUGGUGGUCGGCGUGCGCUACGUGUACCGACAGGCCUGCGGGAAACGCACCGAGGUGACCCUGAACGACCGGGAGAGAGAUUACGGGAGAGGCGAGCGACGGAUGAUCCAGGUUCAGGAGUGUGGCGAUUUGGUCCGAGUCCGCCGAAUCCGAGAGAACAGCCUUGUGCUUCUUGCCGAGUACGACAUAUUAGCAUCGCCCGGAGACUGAAACGUAAUGCGAUGUUAGACACAGACACUUUCAAGACUCAUUUAUUUCCUUUUCUGAAAAUAGAUGGACAUUUUGGAUCAUUUCUGUAAACCUGCGAUUAAAAAGACAAAAUGGCAGUCGCGGAGAGCCACAAAACGUUCAAACUCUUUGGUUCCAGUAAACAUUCAUAGCUUGGGACAACUCGGGUCUUAGUGUUCAUGUUGUGUCGUCGUCACUUGGGUUGAACAUCCAAGGCUUUAGGUCAUAUGAACUACAACCUAUUCUAGCAAAAAUCAAGACUAUUGUAACCCAAGUUCACAUUUCCCGUCAGUGGAAGCUGGAAUAGC